AUGCCUUCUCUCCGCCAGGCACUUGCCUCUACCCUCGCGUGCGCCUCCGCCGCCUGGGCCACCGGGAUCAACGAUUUCUCCUGCAAAAGUGAUGGAAACCCGAUCGUGCUCCUGCACGGACUGGGCGCUACCUACUACGAGGACCUCAACGUCCUGCAAUACUGGCUGCAGAACGAGGGCUACUGCACCUACUCCAAGACCUACGGUGCCUACGACGGUUUCCCAUUCGUGGGCGGCCUGAAGCCCAUCGCAGAGUCCGCGGCCGAAAUCGCCGACUACAUCAAGGAAGUGACCGAGAAGACCGGCAAGAGCAAGGUUGACCUGGUCGGUCACUCCGAGGGUGCCUUCCAGAGUCUGUAUGUGCCCAAAUUCGAGGGUGUUUCCGACAAGGUCGAUAAGAUUGUUGCGAUCGCGCCCCCCACGCACGCUACCACUUUCGCCAAUCUUUAUAAACUCGCGUACCUGCUCGGUAACACGUCCCGGGAGGUUGUUGGUGAUGUCCUGCAGACGGUUGGCUGUGGUGCCUGUGACGACGUCGGUCCCGACGGUGCGGCGGUUCUCCGAUUGAAUGAUGGCAAGCCGAUUGUGCAGAAAGGAAACACUGUGACUAUUAUCGCGUCGAAGUAUGAUGAGCUGGUUACACCGCCCAAUACUGCGUUUGUGGAGGAGGAUGGAGUCUCCAACUGGUGGAUUCAGGAUACAUGCAAGUUUGACCCGGUCGGACACAUUGGCGAGGCCUAUGAUCUCAACGUGUGGAACCUGGUGAAGAAUGCGUUGGACUCGACUCCGGACCGCAAGUUUGUUUGCCUGCUUGGCUCGCCCGGGAAAUAA